CCUUUUAUUUGUGAUUUAAAUUACGCUUUUCAAACUGGUGGGAAAUUAUAUUUAAUUCUCGAAUAUCUUAGUGCACUUUUUUUGCAGAAUAAUGCUGCAUUUUACCUUGCUGAAAUCGUGUGUUCACUGGAACAUCUUCAUCAGCAAGGAAUCAUAUAUCGGGAUUUGAAACCUGAGAAUAUUCUAUUAGAUAGUCGGGGACAUGUUAAGUUAACCGACUUCGGUUUAUGUAAGGAAGCUAUUCAAGGCGAUCAAAAGACCCAUACAUUCUGCGGCACGAUUGAGUAUAUGGCACCAGAAAUUCUAAUGCGAGUUGGACAUGGUAAAGCUGUCGAUUGGUGGAGUUUAGGUGCUCUGAUGUUCGAUAUGCUUACCGGAGGACCGCCGUUUACAGCUGAUACGAGAGACAAGAUUGGGCUUUCUGUCAACCCAUUUGAAGGCUUCACAUAUGUUGCACCAAGUUUGUUGGAAGAAAGUCGACCUUUACUUACAAUCUCGAAAACCCGCCCAUCUCGAAAAUCUCAAUAG